AAUCUUAAAAAACAAGGUAAGUUAAUUAUAACGUAUAAACCUGAUUUGAUAAGUAUAUUUUUUUUAUACUAACCGUGUAUAUAUGUUAAUCACAAAAGAAUUUGACUUUAGUAAACUACGACUUUUUCUUCAUUUAGGGAAUGAAAAAAGUAGUAUUUAAAGGGGGCAUAGCUAGCCUUAUUUCAUAUUUUCAUUAGACACACACAAACAUUAUCCUAUUAUGGCUUUUCCUUUAGUCCUCUCCCUAUCUAUAUUUCUCAUCUUUAUAUGUUACAAACUCUACAACCGGCUCACGGCCAAGCUUCCCCCAGGACCCUGGCCGUGGCCGGUCAUUGGGAACCUCUACAGCAUAACACCGGUGAGGUUCCAUUGUUUUGCAGAAUGGGCCCAAAUAUAUGGACCCAUUUUCUCAUUUUACCUAGGGUCCCAGCUAAAUGUAGUGGUGAAUAAUGCGGAACUUGCAAAAGAAGUUCUUAAAGAUAAUGACCAAAAUUUGGCCAAUAGGUUUAGAACAAAGCCACUUGAUAAUGUGAGUAAAAAUGGGAUGGAUUUAAUUUGGGCAGAUUAUGGACCUCAUUAUGUGAAAGUAAGAAAAGUUUGUAAUCUUGAGCUUUUUACUCCAAAGAGAAUUGAAGCACUUAGGCCUAUUAGAGAAGAUGAAGUUAUUACCAUGAUUCAAAAUAUUUUCAAGGACAGUACUAAGCCUGGCAAUGUUAGUAAAGUUAUUAUGCUAAGGGGCCACUUGGGAUCAGUAGCAUUCAACAACAUAACAAGGCUAACAUUUGGAAAAAGAUUUAUGAACUCACAAGGUGAAGUUGAUGCACAAGGUGAAGAGAUCAAAGCCAUUAUAACUAAUGGGAUUAAAAUGGCUGGAAAACCUAAUUUGGGAGAAUUUGUACCAUGGCUACGUUGGGCAUUUAAAGAUGAAAAUGAAGCACUUCAGGCACAAGACAGGCGUUUGGAUACAUUUACAAGAAUUAUAAUGGAAGAACAUACUAUUGCUAGGAAAAAAACUGGGGAAACCAAACAACACUUUGUUGAUGCUUUGCUUACCCUUCAGAAGGAGUAUGAUCUUAGUGAUGACACUGUUAUUAGCCUUUUUUGGGAUAUGAUGUCAGCAGGGAUGGACACAGUUGCCAUAACAGUUGAAUGGGCCAUGGCAGAACUAGUAAAGAAUCCAAGGGUUCAACAAAAGGUCCAAGAAGAGCUGGACCGGGUUAUCGGGUCGGAUCGGAUUGUAAGCGAAACAGAUAUCUCCAACCUCUCUUAUCUACAACUUGUAGUCAAAGAAUCUUUAAGGUUGCACCCUCCAACUCCACUUAUGCUGCCUCAUAUGGCUGGUAACGAUGCCAAAGUGAGUGGUUACAACAUUCCUAAAGGUUCAAUAGUACAUGUUAAUGUUUGGAAUUUGGGACGUGACCCAAAGAUUUGGGAAGACCCUUUACAGUUUUGGCCAGAAAGAUUCAUGAAGGAGGAUGUUGACAUGAAGGGACAUGAUUAUAGGUUAUUACCAUUUGGUGCUGGUAGACGUAUAUGUCCAGGAAUGAACCUUGCAGUUAAUUUGGUCACGUCUAUGAUAGCCCAUUUGUUGCACCAUUUUGUUUGGUCACUGCCUAAUGGUGUUGAGGUUAAAGAUGUUGACAUGAUGGAGAGUCCAGGCACAGUGACAUACAUGAGAACUCCAUUACUUGUUGUUCCUACUCCUAGGUUGCCUCUACACUUGUACAAACAUGUCGAAUGAACAUGUAACAUACAUCUUUUUAUUUAUUUAUUUUUAACUAUUACAUGCAUGACGAAUCAUCAAUGGUGUGAAAGAUAUCUACCAAUACUACUAGAUUAUAAGUUACAAUGAUAAUAUGUAGCAUUUUUUGUUUUUUGCAUUGCUUAUCCUUUGUGUUUUCAGCCAAGUUGCUACUUUACUUUCAUGUAUUAUGAAGUUGUAGUAGCUUUUUGAAAUAAAAUGUAUCCAUUAUUUUUUA